AUGUUGUUGAAAUCCCUCGCCGCCGCCGGCCUGGCGAUUACGGCCACGCAGGCCUUCGUGGUGAUUCCCGAAAUCUCCGAAGCCGACAAAGACAUCGUCAACUCCCUCCCUUUUGAGCAGCCCUCUUCCGCUAUGGGCAUCCAGAGCAAGCUCCUCAAGGUCGACUGCCCCGGCUGCCCCCUGACCAUGAAACACCAUGAUGGCCGCUAUCACACAAUGACCAACAUUGAGAACCACCUCGAACUCACCUUUUCCGUCGAAUCCGACGCUGCCGGUGUCGACCACCUGCUCGUCAAUAACUUCGAGCUCUACCCCAAGGCCUCGUCUUGGUACUCCGCCCUUCGCGCCCCUCAAAUCCCCUCUUUCACCGAGGCCGCCACGAAGCAUCCGCGUAAGACGGACCCCAACACCCCCCAGCUGGGUUACAGCUUGGGUGUCCGCGCUGUUGCCAAGGAUGCCGAGCAACAGCUCGAGCUCGUCGAGAUCGACCUCCAGAUUAUCGAGGUCGGCAACAGCUUUGUCAGUGACGUCCCCAACGUCAACGUCAAGCUCAUCAGGUCCCCCACCGGCAAGCUGAUGAUUGCCUCCGCCGAGACUACGGAGACUUCGGCCCCCUCCCCCAAGGAGGAGGAGUCCAAGACUCCCGCCGACGAGACCUGCACCACUAUCUACUGCAAGUGGCGUGCCGCCAUCCUGAAGAACAUGCGUGGAAAGAACUGCGGUGGCCGCAAGCACCAUGGAAUGCCCGGCCAGAUGCGUCAGGGUCACCACGGCCACCACGCUCACCACGCUCAGAAGAACGGCCAUUUCAGACAGCACCACCACACCUGGGGUCAGCUCGCUAAGAACAUCACCUCGCACAUUCUGCUCCCCAUCCUCAUCGGCAUCGUUGCUGGCGUCAGCGUUAGCAUCAUUGGCAUGAUGGUCGGCACCUUUGUCGUCUGCCUCUGGCGUGUGUUUGUCCGCCGCCAGCCCCCUUUCGCCCGCCGUCACUGCCGUCGCCGCUCCCGCAAGUCUUCGCACCGCGAGGCUGCCGCCGCGGAGGAGAAGUCCGGCUUGAUGGCCGAACAGGAGGACCUCCCUCCCUACCAGGACAACGAGGACACCCCCAAGAGCGAGACCGAGACCGAGACGACUCAGGUCUAA